CAUCCAAUCUUACCUCUCCCCUCACUGUGCUGCAAUGAACACCCUUCUCACCACCAUCUACACCUACCCCCCACCCCGACCCCGACCACGCACCAAACCCCUCCAAGUGAUCUGUGUUGGUCUCCCCCGAUCAGGAACCGAAAGCCUCAGCCUCGCGCUCACCCACCUCGGCUUCACCACCUACCACGGCUGGGACGUCGUAUUCGAAGACCCGCCCUACGCACAAGAAUGGGCGAAACUCGCCGAACGAAAACACACCCAUACCCCCCACGGAGGGGACAUCCAGAUCAGUCGCGCUGAAUUCGACGCGAUCCUCGGGCCCUACGACGCGAUCAUAGACACCGCGUCGGCAUUAUUCACCGUGGAAAUACUACAAGCCUAUCCCGAGGCAAAAGUAAUCUUAAACACGAGACGAGAUAUCGACGCAUGGCAUCGAAGUGCGUUACGGACGUUAGUAGCGGAGGGGGAAGAGCAAUGGGGAGUUUGGUUCUGGGCAAUGUGGACGGCGGAGUUGUUUUGGUUGUGGAGGUUGUAUGUCACGUUUGGGUAUCCGGGGUUGUUUCGGGGGAGGACGGCGAGGGAGGGAUUGGAGAGGUAUGGGAAGAGGGUGUAUCGGGAACAUGGGUGGAUGGUACGGGGGUUGGUGGAGGGGGAGAGGUUGUUGGAGUGGAAUGUGGAGGAUGGGUGGGGUCCGUUGUGUGAGUUCUUGGGCAAGGAGGUUCCGGAUGUGCCGUUUCCGAAAGCUAAUGACCCGGCUGCGUUUCGGGAAAAUGUGCAGGGUGUUGUACAUCUGAGAUUCAAACGAGCCUUGGCCAAUUUUGCGGUCACUUUCACCUCUGUGGGCGUGGUGGUGGCUGUUGUUGUUCUGGGGGUGAAGGGGAGGGGAGGGCGGAAGACCAUCAAUGGGUGUGCGGAAAUGAUUGGAGGAUGGAUGAGGGCGAUAUUCAGGGCAUGAGCGAGGAAGGAGAGAUUCUAAAUGCCACGGUACUACAGGCUGAGAUGAACACAUAGGUUUAAGGCCCUAGGUAGACGAUGGGGAGUGAAUUUCUUGAAAUUGGGC